UCACUCUCCGUUCCUUCGAACAGAAGCAGAGGCCAUGUUCUGGACAACUGCAGCUCUAGUGGUCAUCCUGGCUUUUGCCAGGGUCAGCACUUAUCCACUUGUAGGAGGAAUAAUGCAUACAGAUCCAAACAUUCCUCAGGUGAAAGACGCCUUGAAGUUCGCAGUCGAUGAAUUCAACAAGCAGAAUGUUGUGUACAACAGCGAAGUGGUGAAAGUGAUCACCGCCACGAGUCAGGUUGUUGAAGGGGCCGUGUACAGGUUUGAAGUGGAAAUGGCUAUAUCUGGCUGCAAACCGUGUGCACAGCAGAAGUGUGCCAAUGUCAACGUAGAGCUCACAAAGCCCUACACAUGCUAUUUUGAGGUCUGGAAUGCACCAUGGCUGGAACAACCCAAGCUUAUGAAGAAUGACUGCAACAUGAAACUUCCUUGA